GAAUGUUAGAAAGUGUUCGAUAUUUAAUUAUGUUUGUAUGAAUAUUGUUCACAAGAGUUAAUCAGAGAAAGAAAAAGCAACAUGGCCAACGCAGACGUCCCCUCACUAGAUCUGGGUUCACUCAGUCAAAGUUUACAGAAUAUAUAUGAUAUUGGAACAAUGGAUACUACUAUAGACAAUGAUUUAGGAUCAGGGUACGUCAUUCAGAUUGGCACUGAAGAUUUUAAAGGAAUCAAUAUUCGUAGGUCAGAUACACCAAACACAUAUCUGCCAGAAUUUACAAAUAAACCAGACAUUACGUUAAAAUGUGAACAGUGUGGAUAUUUUGUGGACAUUUCAACCCUUCUAGAACAUCGGAAAUAUCAUGCUAGUCUUGUUAUAAUGAAAUAUAAAUGCGAUUCACUGCCAGAAUCUUGGGAAGAGCUAUUCAAACGACGGAAUCAGCUGAUCAGAAAAAUCAAGCAGUCGACUUCAUGCGAUUUACCACCCGAUCCUCAUCAAAUACAAGUUAUUGAUGAAGCGUAUGAAUAUAUGAAAGCUCAUCUGGAGGACACAUUCCAUGCAUUCAGACACGUGGAAGAAAAUAUUGAUACCAGCGUAAAUGGAGUUGCCUUGAAUUGCAGCCCUUCGUGUGUUUAUGCAGUCGGAAUUGCAUCCAGUGCCAACAGGAAGUGGAAAAGUUCAAUGGAAGACACUAAGAUUUACCAGGAUUGUUUUGGAGACGACUCAGAAAAGUGCUAUUUGGGAAUUUUCGACGGACACAAUGGACAUACUGCAGCCGAGACUGCCUCAACUGAAUUUCAUAAAAUAUUGCUGAGUGAAAUGCGAAAAUUUGACCCUAAAACGAAAUCAUCCGAAUUACAAAAUAUUGAUGACAACCAAUCAGAAGCAGAAGUUGGUGAUAGUGCGGACUUGUAUGGCGAAAGUGUCAAUCUAGUUCAGCAAAUCAUCAAAAUAUGCGAGGAAAAAUAUCAACAAGUUUUCGGUGAAGCAACUGACGAUCCACCUAAGAAAUGUAAAGGCAGCUCAAAAUUUAAAACUAUAUUUUCUGAAAGGAUGUCUGAAGCUUACAAGAAGGCAUAUAGAUUAUUUGACAUUUUACUAUCGUAUGGAAAAGAUGAAAGGUCAAAGGUCAGAUGGAGUGGUUGUUCAGCUUUGAAUAUUGUCAUACAGAAUACACAAUCAGAUACAAAUAGUCAACAAAACAACCCUUCAGAACAAUCUUUAAAAGAAAUCGGCUUGAUCCAUUUGGCAAAUGCUGGUAAUGUGAACUGUUUGUUAAUACGGGGUAAUAGAUCUUAUAGACUCAAUAAACAACAUUCACCAGAUAAUAUCAAAGAAAGAAAGCGAGUUAUUAAAGCAGGUGGUAACAUCAACAUGGCUUCAUCUGACUGCCCCGUUAAUGGUGUUUUGUCGACAACGCGUGGACUUGGUAACCAUGGUGAUAUCAAGAUGAAGAAAUCGGUGAUAGUUGAACCAUAUACAACUUGUGUUUCCAUUGACCAAUAUGCCCAGUUUGUGGUCAUGGCAUCCAGUGGGGUCUGGGAAGUUUUUUCUGACGAGGAGGUUGCCUCCCUUUUACUGAAGCUUUUACCAUGCAACCAAAUUCCAAUACCAAGUCCGAUUUCAGACUCAAUCGCAUCCUUAUUGAAACACGAAGAUCCACUAGUACCAAAUGCCACAUCCACAAGCCGAGAUUCAUUAAGUGUACCUUCAAUUUCCACAAGAGCAGCACAAAACAAAAUGGAGUGGACGGACGUUAAACCGGACACACUGACAAUAGCCGCAGAUCUGAAUACUGAAAUUGGUAGUCACCGUGGUGACGACCAUGAUACUAUUCUCCAUGACAACGAGAUGAUGUCAGUUCCGGUCAACUGCGAUAUACCCGAUCAUAAACCCCAGACAGUGUCUGAUUUUAGAAGGGAAUUAGCCAAGUCCAUGGCAGAAUAUUUAGUCCAAGCUGCACUGUUAGCUGGUUCAAGAGACAAUAUUACUGUUAUGAUAACUUUACUUCCUGGUUCAGGUGUAUAAAAAUGGUU